CCUCCGCCGCCUCCCUCCUCCGCAUCCCAUCUCUGCUCUUUAUUCGCCGUCCACAGAUCCACCGCGCCCACGCCAUCGCAUCAGGAGAAGGUAAGCAGACGAGGGGGGAGAUGGAGGCGGCGACGGCCAUGGAUUUCCACUCGCUCUCGCGCCGUGAGCUCCAGGCGCUGUGCAAGCGCAACGGCGUCCGCGCCAACAUGACCAACUCCGCCAUGGCCGAUGCGCUCCAGGGCCUAGAUUCGGUCGACGGGAUCGAUGAGAUCGGCACGACUCUCUGUCUCCCGACUCCAGGAAGGUCGGCGAUGAAGUCGGCGGCGAAGAUGGUGGCCGUCGAGGAGCAGCAGCACGGUAGCCCGCUCCCCCGCGGCCGCCGCGUGUCAGUGAAAUCACCCGAGGCCAUCCGGAUGGAGGUUGAAGGAGGAGAGGACGAGGUGAAGGAGAUCGUGAAAACUCCCGGCGUCGCUCUGCGCAGCACACGCCGCGGCACUCGGGCAACGCCCGCACCGCUUCCUACUCCGGUGGCGGCGUGCAGUACGCGCGCAACAGCGAGGAGGACCGCCGCUCGUAAGACGGGCGAGGUGGUGCCGACCCCAGCCACCCGGAGGAGCCAGAGGACGGCGUCUCGCAAGGCCGCGGAGGCAGUGGAGGCGGACCGACCCGCCGAUGAUGUACCCGAGGAAAAGAUAUCGAAGAUGACGAUAGCUUUGGAUCAGGAAGCAGAGGUCGUGGCGGCCGCAUCAAAGGAGGAGAAGGUGCAUAACGACGAACCGAAAGCUGAUUCCUGUGAUGAAACUACAGUGUCUGCAGCUGUUUUGGUUAAGAGCUGCAAUGAUCCUAAGGUGGAGGAAGUGGUGGUUGUCAUGGAGGAACAGUCCGCAAAGCCCCACGAAGGAAUUGUGAAAGAGCUGGAACCUAUCAGUGUUGAGACAUCUGCUCUUUUGACAGUCAUGGAUGAUUCACCAAUCUUAGGUGUUGUUGAGAAGGAACAGGGUGCCUCGGUUGAAGAUUGUGAGGACUUGGCUGAAUCACCUGCAAGGGAGAUCAUUCCUGUUACUGAAGAUAAGGACUUGGCUGAAUCACCUGCAAGGGAGAUGACUGAUGAGAUCAUUCCUGUUACUGAAGAUAAGGAAGUGGCCAUCAGUGAGGAGGUUGUUACUGAAGAUAAUGGAGUGGCCAUCAGUGUGGAGGCUACUGAAUAUAAGGAAGUGGCCAUCAUAGAGGAAGUGGCAAUCAAUGAGGAGGCCGUCAAGGAAGAUGGUUUUGCUAACACUGUUGAGACUGAUUCUACCCCAGAGGAGAUUCUGACUGCUGCGGGAGAAGAUGAGACCAUUGAGGAAGGUGAAGAAGAUAAGACCAUUGAGGAAGGUGAAGUCAUACUUACUGAAGGCAAAGAAAGUGCUGCUGAAGAGAUGUUACAGGCUGGUGAGACCAGUGAAGAAGAUGAGGAAGAAUACCUCACUGAAUUGAAACAAGGGGCUGCUGAUGAGGUGCUGCAGGCUGAGCUGGCAGACAGUGAAACAAGUGAAGAAGAUGAAGAUGACCUGAGUGAAGAGAGAGAAGGAGCUGCUGCUAAGAUGCUGCAGGGUGAAAUGACAGAAGAUGAGAUCAGUGAAGAAGAUGGUCUCGAUGAGGAUGAGGAAUGGUCUUCAGAUGAUGAUGAGAACACUGAGGAAAUUGGCUCUACUGACGAGAGCGAUGAAGAUACUGAUGAGAGCAGUGAAGUCCAAAUGUUGCAGGGAACUGGGAUAACUGAAGAGGCCAACGAAGAUGCCUCUACUGAAGAUGAUGAUUUCAGUGGUGACCUACCACCAGAAUUUGACAAUAUCAUGAUAUUCAGUGAUGCUGAAACUGAGAGUGACAUUGCUCCUCCAGUGCUCGAGGAAAACCAGGCUGCUGUUGCAUCUGCAACCAAAACUGCAAAGUCUCUGGAUGAUUCUGCCAUGAGUUCAGAGCAGGAGGGUCCUGAGGUUGACAACAUUGUGAAGUCCCUGGAUGAGUUCACCUUCAAGGAGGGAGAAUCAGAGGAGAUGCAGAAGGAGCAGCCGCAGGAUUAUAACAGCAUGAGCCUAAGGAAGCUUAAAAGCACGUACAAGAAAUGUCUUAUUGCUCAAAAGGAAGGAAAGCAGGAGGAGGUCACCGAAGGGAAGAGGCUUCCUCUCGAGGAGGUGGAUGAGAACGCCUGCAUCAACCACUGAACAGAACAAGCAGGCGACAGGUCACAACAUUUUCGUGUGAUGGCAUCUGCUACAACGGGAUUGAAUCGAGGAAUGCUGUGGUUGUGAAAUGAUAACUAGGCUACCUUAUUGUUCAUUUCCAAAAGUUUUCGUGUGUGUGUGGAGAGAUUGGGAUCAGGGCUGAAACCGUGGUUUCAGCCAACAAACUUGCAGUUCCUGUUGCUUUGCCUUUUUUUUUCUUUAUUAUAUAUCAGUUACAGAACAUGGAUUAUCCAGUGGUAUGGUGAUGAAUGAUGCUAUGUUUCGCUUAUAAUAAUAAUAUGUAUAUGAAGGAGAGUGCCCCAAUUUUUGUCCA